UCACAGACGCGUUUCGUCACAAAUGCACAUCGGCAAAGCUGAAACUAUGUCAGCAAUGGCAGAAGGCAUGGAAGAAACCUAUAAGACGAAAAUCGUGGAAAUUAAUCAAGAACUGUCUAUGAAAAGUAAAGAUGGCAUUAUUUUACCAUCCAAAGAUUACAGGUUAGCUUUGGAGCGGUUUGGAUACACAAUGCACGAGACAAUCGGAGAGGGAGCUUACGCCAAGGUUAAAAGGGCGUACUGUAGAAGGAAAAAUGAAAAUCUUGCUGUAAAAAUUAUACAGAAGAACAAAAUUCCAAAAGAAGCCAAGGAGAAGUUCCUUCCUCGGGAAAUUGCGCUGCUGCAGAAACUUCGGCAUACUUCUCUGCUGGUCCUUCACGAGGUGUACGAGAGCCGCAGCAACAUGUACCUUGUGAUGGAAUACCUGUCCAAUGGCGACCUGUUGGACUACGUGAACCAGGUGGGGAGCCUGAGCGAGGCGGACGGCAGGCGUGUCUUCCACCAGUUGCUGGACGUGGUCAGCUACCUGCACGGGCACUCCGUGUACCACCGGGACAUCAAGCUGGACAACAUCCUGCUGGACGACCAGUACAACAUCAGACUCACUGAUUUUGGGUUUGCCCGACUGAACCCCUACAGGGAGCUGAUGGCGACCUUCUGUGGGUCCUAUGCGUACGCCGCCCCUGAGAUUCUAGAAGGGGAAAUGUAUGAUGGUGGAAUGGUUGACAUCUGGAGUUGUGGUGUUUGCCUCUACGGGAUGUUGAAUGGGAAGCUGCCGUUUAACGACACCGAUGUCGACAUACUCAGGGGUUCCAUGGACAAGAAACUGAAGUUCUACAAGCAGGUGUCUAAAGACGGCCGAGAACUGAUUCGCCAGAUCCUGGACACAAACGUCAGUAGCCGCAUCUACAUCCCAUGCAUCAGGAGGAGUGUGUGGAUGUGUAAGCCACUGUUCAACAAGGCUGAGCAGUCUAUGUCUGUACUCUCUGUCAAAGCAGUGACCUCCAGGGCGCCGCUGAUGGGCCUGAAUCCCACUGCGGAGCAUGGCUUCUCCUGUGGCCAGAACUCCAAGCCCGCCAAGACAACCAUGGUCACCGACAUCCUCCGAUCAGUGGCCGUCAACCACAGUACUGGGGCCAGCAGCAUCAACCUGAGGGAUGUUGUCCCCGCCCAUAAGGCCUCGUCUACUGGGAUGCUCCUCGGCGUGAUGGGACCUGCUGGUCGACGAAUCAGUGGCCAGCUCAGUUGGCAUCAGGAAACAGGCCAUGUGCUCCCUCCUUGUAAGGCCACGUUGCAGACCUUAGAACCCAUCUCUGAAACUGGAAACACUAGAAAAGCUAAAUCUGGAGGUGAUAUGACCAAGAAACCAGGCUUGGGCGGUGGUUUAUCCAGGUUCAAGAAGGCUGCAAAUGCUCUGAACAAAUUCAAAAUGGCUGUCCGAGUGGUCACAGCGAUGCGGAGGUUCAAGCGCGGUCCCAUCACCACCAUUCUGACCAUCCCUCAGGAACAAGCCAUGGCACGGAUCAUCAACACCAGGGAGAACCAGACUGUGCAGGAGGUGAAGCAGAUGCGCUUCACGCCAUCGGGCAAACUGGCCAGUGGCCUUGGCAACACGCGGCGCCAUGAAAGUGCAGAGAGAAAGGAGAGUGUUGAUGCUGCUGCAGCCGAGAGGAAGAAGCAGGAGGACAAGCUGAAGAUGUGGGGGGAGACGUUUGCCCAUCUUGUCCCCGAUACAUAAACGCUUCCUGGACACUUUAUUUACCUCGAGUAAUUCUGUUUUUGUUUGCAUUUAACAGCACAUCCGGGUUAUUUUUAUUUCAAGUGAUCAUAUUCAUAAUGAAGAUCUGUUUGAUACACAUAAUUUCAAAUUAUUUCUGAUACACCCCUUUCUUAAAUAGGAAUAGGAUGGCUGUUUUUCUUGCUUUCCUUUUCAAUAGUUUUGCAAAUUUAACUGAAUGCCCGAAUAGUGAUGUCAACAAUUGUCUUCAAUUUGAGGUAGAGAAUCAUGAAUUUAAUGAAAUUUCAACCUUUAACACUAACUGCAAUUGAAUUAUUCAUGUUUGUAACUUUGUAUCAAUUUUUUGCCAGAUUUGAUCUCCUUGAAUAAAAAAAUUAUUAAUUA